AACUUUUAGUGGUAAACAAUAGUGUACUUUUUAGGAACUAAAGAAUUAGUUUGGAGGUCAAAUCAAUAAAUAUACAUUUUUGAAAUUAAAAAAUAAGGAGGAUCUGUGAUUGGGUGUUGCAUAUGGGACUGUGAUUAAGGAAAUUUUUUUUUUAAUAAAUAAAUUAAAAAACACCUGUCUCUCACAUUAUUUUAAAAGAAAAGUAUUAAUCUCUUUGUGUGUGCCCCAUGCUACUUUCUUUGACUAUGUUCAUAGUAUUUUUUUUCUCUUCAAUUUUUUAUGUUUCUCUUUCCAUUUUUGUUCUCUAUAUCUCAUCUAUAAAUAGACACACACCAUUCUUCUCCUCCAACUUCCUCCCUUAAUUAGUAUCAAAAAAUGGUGAAAACACUUCAAAAGACUACAAAGAGAAUGUCAUCUCCAUCAUCAUCAUCUUCAUCAUCCUCAUCAACAUCAUCAUCAUCCAUAAGGAUGAAGAAGUACAAAGGAGUGAGAAUGAGAAGUUGGGGUUCAUGGGUUUCAGAGAUCAGAGCUCCUAACCAAAAGACAAGGAUCUGGCUUGGUUCUUACUCAACCGCUGAAGCCGCGGCUAGAGCCUACGACGCAGCUCUUCUCUGUCUCAAAGGAUCCUCAGCUAAUAAUCUCAACUUCCCAGAGAUCUCAUCUUCUCUCUUUAACAUUAUCAACAAUGGUGAUAACAACAAUGACAUGUCUCCAAAGUCCAUACAGAGAGUAGCUGCUGCUGCUGCUGCAGCCAACACAGAUCCUUCUUCAUCAUCAGUCUCUACUUCAUCUCCAUUGCUUUCAUCUCCAUCUGAAGAUCUCUAUGAUGUUGUCUCCAUGUCACAGUACGACCAACAAGUCUCCUUGUCUGAAUCAUCAUCAUGGUACAAUUGUUUUGAUGGUGAUGAUGAAUUCAUGUUCAUUAAUGGCGUUUCGGCGCCUUAUUUGACAACACCACUUUCUGAUGAUUUCUUUGAGGAAGGAGAUAUCAGAUUAUGGAAUUUCUGCUGAUUUUUUUUUUACUUUUAAUCAUACCUUAUUCUUUGUUUCAAUAUAUAUACUUCAGUUAUGUAAUACAAUGUGUUAUACUUUUUCUUUUUUUUUCUCUUUUAUAAUCAAUUCUCACAAUGUAUGGAACAUUUGGGGAUCUUUGUACCAAUAUCUAAAUUAUUUUUGAAAUUAGAUAUUUUUCAUGUUAAAAGUUCAGUAAAUCUAGAAGUAGUGGUUAUAGUAUGCUUUCGAGCAACGAAACGAGCUUCGAAUGAUAACAAGUUAAAAGGUUAUUUUUUUAAAGUACAUAAUC